AUGGCGGAGAAAGCGAAACAGGGAACGAACAGACCAGCGGAGACGGCGGAGAGCGCCAAGGAAAAGGCAAAAGAGUACACUUCCGAGACGAAGGAGAAGACCAAAGAAAUGGCAGAUACUGCGGCCGAUAAGGCAAAGGAAGGGACUUAUAAAGCAGCCGAGACUGCGGAGAGCGUGAAGGACGAAGCGAAAGAGAGUAUGUGGGGUAUGAAGGAGAAAACAGAGGAUGUGGCCGGGACGGUGGCGGAGAAGGUGAAGGAGGGGACGAGCAAGGUUGCGGAGACGGCGAAGGACACGGUGAAGGGGACGUGGGGGCGUGAGAGUGAUGUGGAAGUUGGUGUUGAUGUGGACGGCGAUGGCGUGGCGGAAGGGAAGGUGAUGGAAGCUGAUAUGGUGGAACUAAGGCCGCGUGCCGGCAGGGACGGUCGAAAUGUACCGAAAGGGAAUAGAGAUUCGAGGUCUGACUGGGAAUUUUAUGACAAGAAGCGGAGGAAUGAGGAUGUGAAUUACAGAGGAAAGGAUCCAGCAGAUGAACUCGAGGAUUACGCACAUGAAAGGAAGGAGAAGACGAAGAGUCCAGAGGAGAAAGCAAAACAGUACGGUUACGAAACAAAGGAGAAAACCAGAGACAUGGACGACACUGUAGCUGAUAAGGCAAAAGAGGGUACUCGUAAGGCGGGGAAGACGGCGGAGCAUGCAAAGGAGAAGACGAAAGAAAAUGUUCAGGGGAUGAAGGAGAAGACCAAGAACAUGGCGGAGACUGCAGCAGAGAAGGCAAAAGAGGGGAAUCAUAAGGCCGCGGAGACAGCAGAGCAUGCGAAGGAGAAGACAAAAGAGAAUGUUUGGAGUAUGAAGGAGAAAACAGAGGACGUGGCGGAAACGGUUGCAGAUUGUAGAUUUUUAUGUUCAAAAAUAUAUGUAUUUCAUGUGUUGUAA